GGACAAAAUCUCGGACUUGGACCCUCUGCUGCUCUCCGUCCUCAUGUAGCUGUGGCUUCUCACCGCUAAUUUUCCUUUUCUCCAGUGCACUAAAACAGCGAAGAGUGUGUGCAAAAGCUUUGGAAACAUGAGAGAAGGAAACCAGGGGCGGCAGUGCAGGAAGCAGAGGAAGAAGUAUAGAGCAUGUUGAUCUUGUUUCCCCAGCUGCAGUCCUUCUGGGUCCAUCUUUUCUGACGGCGCGGCACCUCCGGACCUUCUCUCAGCUUCCUUUGCAGCCGGUAGGCGCGCUGAAAAGACCAAGAAACCCCUGAAAGAGGAGAGAGGCGGAGAAAGCUCUUGGGAAAGCGGCGAGUCUCUUGAAUCCACUCCCCCCCUCCCGGUUUUACUAUGAAGCAGACUGUUUCCUGCCACAGAGGAGAAAUUUAAAAGCAGAAAGGGACCGAAGCGGAUCCUUGGUUGCUAAGUUGGGUGAGAAGAUAGCUGUUGGUCAUGGCCCAGGGAUCCAGUGACAUGGAAACUGCUGAUCAAGAAGAGAGCUCCCCAAACAUGAUUGUUUACCGAAAGAUAGAAGACAUCAUUACAAGAAUGCAGGAUGACAAAACAGGAGGAGUACCCAUCCGAACUGUUAAAAGCUUCCUGUCAAAAAUCCCUAGUGUUGUCACAGGUGUUGACAUAGUGCAGUGGCUCAUGAAGAACCUGAACAUUGAUGAUCUAGCUGAAGCAAUUCACCUAGGAAGCCUCAUAGCAGCACAGGGAUAUAUUUUUCCAAUCUCAGAUCAUGUGCUUACUUUAAAGGAUGAUGGGACUUUCUAUCGUUUUCAGGCUCCCUACUUUUGGCCUUCAAAUUGUUGGGAACCAGAAAACACAGACUAUGCCAUCUAUCUUUGCAAGAGGACUAUGCAGAACAAAGCUAGACUGGAGCUGGCAGAUUAUGAAGCCGAAAACUUAGCAAGGCUGCAAAGAGCUUUUGCAAGGAAGUGGGAAUUCAUCUUUAUGCAAGCAGAAGCACAAGUGAAAAUUGACAGAAAAAAGGAUAAAACAGAAAGGAAAAUUUUGGAUAGUCAAGAACGAGCCUUCUGGGAUGUCCAUAGGCCAGUGCCUGGUUGUGUGAACACAACAGAGAUGGACAUCCGAAAGUGUCGCCGUAUGAAAAAUCCACAAAGGGUCAAAAAGUCAGUAUAUGGUGUUACAGAAGAUUCUCAGUCACAAAGCCCUGUACAUAUGCCUUCUCAACCAGUUCGAAAAACAACUAAAGAAGAUGUUCAAAAACAAAUAACAUUUCUGAAUGUGCAAAUAGACAGACACUGUUUAAAAAUGUCUAAAGUAGCAGAAAGUUUAAUUGCUUACUCAGAUCAGUACAUUGAGUAUGAUCCUUUUAUAACUCCUGCUGAACCUUCCAAUCCCUGGAUGAGUGAUGAUACCAUGUUUUGGGACUUAGAAACAAGCAAAGAACCUUCUCAGCACCGUGUCAAGAGAUGGGCUUUCUCCAUAGAUGAAGUGUUGAAAGAUCCAGUGGGGCGUGACCAGUUCCUUCGAUUUUUGGAAUCAGAAUUCAGUUCUGAAAACCUCAGGUUUUGGUUGGCUGUCCAAGAUCUCAAAAAGCAACCAUUACUGGAUGUAGCAACCAGAGUGGAAGAUAUAUGGCAUGAGUUCCUCGCUCCUGGGGCCCAGAGUGCCAUCAACCUGGACUCUCACAGCUAUGAGAUAACAAGUCAAAAUGUCAAAGACCCAGGGAGGUACACUUAUGAAGAUGCACAGGAGCACAUUUACAAGCUGAUGAAGAGUGACAGCUAUACACGUUUUCUCCGUUCUAAUGCUUAUCAAGACUUGUUGCUGGCGAAGAAGAAGCCCGAGAAUGAGCAAGGUCGUAGAACUUCUCUAGAAAAGUUCACUCGCAGUAUGGGGAAGUCACUGGCAGGCAAGCGCCUCACAGGCUUGAUGCAAUCCUCUUGACAGCAUCUUCUCCGCAAGCAGUUGCUGACAUCUCUAAAAGACAGCUGCACUCGACCUCCAAGAAGAAAUAGCAUUUGGGGACAAAUGGGUCACUGUGUGUGUGUGUGUGUGAGAGAGAGAGAAAUGCAAACAAGGAAGUAGCACGGGUGCACAAGGAGAUUAAGAUGGAGGGCCCAGCCCACAGGAGGUUGCUGUUUUCAUAGUUUACAUCAACACUUUUCUUUCAUGUAGAGCUUUGUAAUGGCACUGAGUUCUGUGAAGAUAGUACUGUGUUUCAGGUCUAUUUCAAAGGAGCACAAUGUGCUAUAUGCAGGAUGCAAACUGAGGCAGAAAAAAGAGAGAGAGACUGCUGUAGGUGUUGUUUAAUAUGGAAGUCCUGAGAGAAAUCUAGAUGAAGAACAGAUGGUUGAGAUCAGUAAUGGUGGGUGCUGCUUUCUCAUACACCUAGUAGCUGCUGCUGCUGCAUGUAUAUGGACAAGUGUCCGUCUGUCACUUACCCAGAUAAGUAUUCACAUUUAUUCUGCCUAGCUAUGGUUAAGGGUUGUCACUAACUUGACUGUAACAACCUAGUUUUGGCAUCCUCUCCA